GAAGAACACAAAACAAAAUCACGUCGUCUUGAAAGCUAUCAAUUCCUAAUUCAGUAUGCACCCCUCUCGCAAACCCUAGAAAUACAACAAUGUCAGACCCAAUCAUCCUCUCCGAUGGAGAAGAAGGCCAAAGUACCCCCUCAACCCCUUGCGCUUUCUCCUCCAAGAAGCCCCGGACAGAACCGGACCCGAUCCCGACAGUCUUUGUGGUCGACGAUGACCCCACACCGCAAAAACCAGGGCUCAACUCCUCCACCCCCUCUUUCGUUGCGGAAACCCCUAUGUCCGACGUCUCCAUCGUUAAGUGCACGACGGUUUCCUUUGAUCCCCAAAUUAGGGUUAAAGAUUCGUACCCAAAGCUCUCAUCGAGUCCGUAUUUCGUAGUUGAUUCUCCGAUGUCUGAUGUGUCCAGCGUUAAGUGCACUAGGGUUUCCUCCGAUCCCCAAGCUAGGGUUUCAAUUUCGGGCCAAAAGUACACUGGAACUGACGGGUUGAUAUGUUUGGAGUCUGACAAUGAGUCUGAAAGUGCUUCUGCAAAGGAAAAAUGGAUCGAGAAUGGAUUAUUAGGUUCUGAGGUUGACAAUAAUGGAGAGUCAGGAUUAUUAGGUUCUUAUGGGGCCUCCAAUCUUUCUCAGAUGUCGGACCACAGUUCUGCACAGCCAGCUUUUUCACCAGAGCAGCAGGUACAUGGUUAUUCUGGAAAAGAAAAUUUGAGUGCUGAGGAGAUGAUGGGUAAUAUUGUAAAGCAGAAGAGAAAAACUGAAGGCAAUGCUGAAAAGAAUAGAACGAGGGAACCGUUGGGAAAUAAAAGGAUGACAAAAGAGGAGAGAAUUUGCUUAAUGAAAGAAAAGAAGUUUAAAAAGGAACAAGAGAAGUUGCAUAAAGCUGCACUGAAGGCUGAAGCUGCAGAGCUGAAGAAAGUGGAGAAAGAGAAGCAGAAGUGGGGAAAAGGAAAGUUUGCCCUGAAAUCUAUUGUGGCAGAGAUUGACACUAAAAUACUUGAACUAGGUUCUGUCGGAGGAUAUUUGCUUACCAGGUUAGCAGAGAAAGGCAUUACAUUCCGUGUUACGUCAAAUCCAAUUGAAAGAUCAAUUGUUUGGACCAUGAAUGCUCCUGAACAUAUUACUCAGCUUUGUCCCAAAGGAAUUGAGAUUCCUUAUGUGCUGCUUGCAUAUGAGGCCGACGAGUUCUGUAAUCUUAUUGCCAGUGAAUCACUUCUGGAUCAUGUUGCUGGGGUUCAAAAUCAUUAUCCAUCUUACACAGUUUGCUACCUAACAAAUAGGUUGAUGGCUUAUAUUAAUAAAAGGGAGAAGGAAAACUACAAGAACCCGGCAAAUGAUCAUGGUUGGAGACGUCCGCCUGUUGAGGAGGUCCUGGCAAAAUUAACCACUCAAUUUGCUAGGGUGCAUUCCAGGCAAUGCACAGAUGAAGCAGAGCUAGCUGAACAUAUUGUUGGUCUGACAUGCAGCCUGGCAUCUUGUCAAUUCAGAAAGAAGUUAACAUGUCUUUCUGUGAGUGCUAAUGGAUCCCUUAUCCCUAAGGAUGCUACUGACAGGAAUUUAAUAAAAAAGAGCUUGUGGUUAAAAGCUUUGAUAGCUAUCCCCAAGGUACAGCCGCGAUUUGCCAUUGCUAUUUGGAAGAAGUACCCUACAAUGAAAUCUCUUUUAAGUGUUUACAUGGAUCCCAGUAUAUCAGAGCAUGAUAAAGAAUUUAUGCUCAAGGAUUUGAUGACGGAAGGAUUACUCGGUGGUGAUAGAAGAUUAGGUGAAGUUUGUUCAAAAAGAGUGUACAGAAUACUCAUGGCUCGAAGUGGAUCCAUCAAAACUGACGACGUCGAGGAUGGUGCUGAUUUCUUCAGUCAUCAAUCACUUUGAAAAGCCUCCCUCAUUGUGAUUUUUGAUGAUCAACGGUUUGCGGUUUAUCUAUUAGGACAUAACAUGUCAUUGUUAUUCCAUUAUUGCGAUUCUAGGACCACUGAAUCAAUCCUUGUAUGUCACAACAUUCUUGAAGUUUCCUCUGCACAGUUGGUAGUUGGCACAGAAGUGGAGUCUUUCCCGGACUCGCCAUAUCUAAAUUCACUUACUCGUGUAGACUAAAGCAACUACUCGUUUAGGCGAUUGUUUUUAGGGGUGGUAAAAAAUUUUAUGUCCGGUCUAGAUGAUUGAAUUUGUCCGAUCCGGAUCAAACCAAGUUUGGACACAAGUUAUAUGUUUGAAGUCAACGUCUAAAUACAAAAUUUUUGUUCGAUUUA